AUGUACUCCCCAGACCAAUUCAUGAAUCCCGGCCCUGCGCCCCGUCCGCCAACGGACCGCCCGAAACUCAACAUCCCCUCGAACCCUUCCAGCGUGGCUACCUCGUUCAGCCAGAUGAACUUGAACUCCCCCGGUACCCCCAGUCUCUCGCUGUUUCCCAACACCAGUACUCCGUCGCUCGCCCACACCAAGACCAACCAGUCCGGCCAGGGCGGCGUCGCAAUCAUCAAGGAAGGCUAUGUCCGUUGCAAGGAGGACAAGUUUCUCGCCACGUGGAACCAACGGUAUCUCCUCCUGCGCGAGUUUCGCCUGGAUUUCCUGAAGAAUGAGACCGGCAAGGUGGUGCUGUCGAUCCCGCUGAACACCGUCACCGCGGUCUCGCGCUCCGAGGACACUCGGAUGGCCUUUGAGAUUGUUCGUCUCGCUAACCCCAAGGAUGCCUCGUCAAAGACCGCCUUGAUCACGCGCGAUUUGCCCACCAAGAGUAUCACCUGCGAAGUGAAGACCGACGACGAGAUUUACGAGUGGAUCGAUAAGAUCUACGAGCGAUGCCCCAGUAUGGGUGGUGUGAGCAACCCAACCAACUUCAGCCAUCGAGUCCAUGUGGGCUUCGACCCCCAGACCGGUGCCUUCGUCGGCUUGCCGCCGGAGUGGGAGAAACUCUUGACGUCGUCCGCGAUCACCAAGGAAGACUACAAGAAGAACCCCCAAGCCGUCAUCGAGGUUCUCGAGUUCUAUUCCGAUAUCAAGAUGCGCGAACAGAACCCUCAGUAUUACGCGGGCUUGUCGUCUCCCGCCGGUCAGUCCAAGCCCUACGGCAACAAUGUGGGCAACUCGAUUGCCCCUCCGAGGCCACCACCGCCCGCGCCGUCUCAGCGCCUGGAUACGGGACUCUCGAGUCACUCGCCCAAGUCCGAGUCAGACCGGGCGAUGGAACAGCAGCAGCAAUUGGAGAAGAUGAAGGAGAUGGCCGAGCAGGAGCGCCGGCGGGUGGAGGAAGAAGCCCGCCGGAAUCGUGAGCGCCAACGAGACGAUGAACAAGGCCGGCUCGACCAGGAAGCGUACAAUGCUUCGCUUCCCAAGACCCGCGUCCCCCUUGCCAAGCAGGAAUUGGGUGGUUACGGCGGCGACAUGAACGAUCGGUACAAACCGAGCCGUCCAGCUCCCCAGGCACCUGGUGCUGCCCGUAACCAGGACCCCUCGCGACAGCUCACUGCUCAACGUCCAGCUCCGUCCCCGCCCACGGCCGCCAACCAAGGCCAACGACCCGGGGAUUAUGGUUCCUCCACGGGACGCGCUCCAGGAUAUCGCCCAGAUGAAGCUCCAGGUUCGCGAUACGACCCGCGAUCCCAGACGCGCACGCCGAACAACGGUGCAAAGGGACCCCAGGCGCAAGGCCCUCCCCCGACGAAGCUCCCGGCUCCAGUCCAGCCGGUCAAACCGCUGAACAUUGCCAACAAGCAAACGAACAAGAACAAUGUUCCGGAUGGUGUUCGUCAAGCGGAAGCCGCUCUCACAAAGAAGCCUGAGCCUCGACAGAGGGAGAUGCGCAUGUCGGCGAUGACGGAGAAUGAGGUCAUGGACAGACUCCGGUCCGUAGUCUCGAAGGACAACCCCAACGAAUCGUACAGCAAGCAGCGCAAGAUCGGACAGGGUGCUUCGGGCUCCGUGUAUGUGGCACGGGUCAAGGAGCAUGCCACGUCCCCCGUGGCCCGUGAGCUUUAUCGCCAAUAUGGCCCCCGUUGCCAGGUUGCCAUCAAACAGAUGGAUCUCCGGAGUCAGCCUCGGAAGGAGCUGAUCGUCAAUGAAAUCAUCGUCAUGAAGGACAGCCAGCAUGCCAACAUUGUUAACUUCCUCGACUCGUUCCUGCAGGAACAGAGCAACGAGCUCUGGGUGGUAAUGGAAUUCAUGGAGGGUGGUGCCCUGACCGAUGUCAUCGACAACAACCCGGUGAUCCAGGAAGAUCAAAUUGCCACGAUCUGUGCUGAGACAUGCAAGGGUCUGGCACACCUGCACAGUCAGAACAUUAUCCAUCGUGACAUCAAGAGUGACAAUGUUCUUCUGGAUCGCGCUGGCCAUGUCAAGAUUACCGAUUUCGGGUUCUGCGCCAAGCUCACUGAAACGAAGAACAAGCGUGCGACAAUGGUGGGCACGCCAUACUGGAUGGCACCCGAGGUCGUCAAGCAGAAAGAGUAUGGGCCUAAGGUCGACUGUUGGUCGCUGGGUAUCAUGGCCAUCGAGAUGAUUGAAUCGGAACCGCCAUACCUGAAUGAGGAGCCACUGAAAGCCCUGUACCUGAUCGCCACCAACGGAACGCCGCGCCUGAAGAAGCCCGAGAAGCUCAGCAAAGAGCUCAAGUCCUUCCUUAGCGUCUGUCUGUGUGUGGAUGUCCGCAGUCGCGCGACCGCCGACGAACUAUUGGCACACGAGUUCCUCAAGACUGGGUGCAGCCUGCCCAGCCUGGCCGAACUGCUCCGUUGGAAGAAAAACAAUGGCCAGUAG